AUGCAAACUCCGACAACCGGAACACCGAAACUGCUGCCGCGAUCUGGCCGGACGCCGCUUCAGCCGAAGAACUCUCCCGCCGAUCCCAUCCACCCUUCCGUUAAGCCCAAACCCAAGCUCGACCAUCUAACUUUCGAGAUCUCAGCGAUACACGAUUCCGAGAAGGAGAACCGUCCGAUCGCCGCCGCUGCGACUCCUCCGGCUCUGGCGCAACCACUGCUGCCGGAGGCGUCGCUGGCGGAGGAGCUGAGCGCGAUCAAGAAGAAGCUGGAGAGGCUGAGAUCGGACAAAGAAAGGACAGAGAAAACGCUUAAGGAGAAGGAGGCGGUGCUGGACGCUAUGAUGAAGGACAUAGAACAGAGAUCGGAGAUUCAGAAGAACCUCGAGAUCCAGGUUGAUCGGUUGUUCCGAUUGAAGGAACUCAAGUAUCGCUGCAUGAGAGUUUCUCCGAUGCGAACGCUCAGAGAGAAGGAACAAGAAAAGAUAGUUAACGAAGCUCCAUCGCCGUCGAAGGUGAAAACUGAAGAAACGGUGGCGUUUGAAUCUGAAUCUGAAACUGGUGGAGAUGAAUGCCAAGUACUACAGAGUCCGGGUUCAGCUUGUUCACAAACUCAUACUCCACACACAAAAUCUGGUAACUAG